AUGGUGGAAACCUCUUCACCGACGUUGACAUGGACGAAUGUGCUUAUAGGGUUGUUGUUCAUCCUAUUUGAUUCGCUACUCUCCUUGGUACUGGGAUUGGGAAUUGGGGGUUCAUUAGUGGUAGCAGCUGCAAGAUGUGUACUGCAACUCAGUAUCAUGGGACUGAUCUUGGAUAAAGUGUUUGCGAGUAAUAACAUAUGGGGUGUAUUUGGUAUUGCUGCUUUAUUAAACGUAUUGGGAGCGACAGAAGCUACUUAUAAUAAAUCAAAAAGGAGAUUCACAAACAUGUUCCCUUUGAUACUACUGUCGAUGUUAAGUGCUACCAUACCAAUUUCGAUGUUGGGAACAAGAUUUGCAAUGUCCCAAAAUCCAUUUUGGAAACCUGAUCAAUACGUUCCUAUUCUAGGUAUGAUAUUAGGUAAUGCCAUCUCAGCCAUUGGUAUUGCAUUAAAUACAGUUCAUAAAGAAUUUUCAGACAAUAAGGAUAAGAUAGAAACGUAUCUCGCUUUUGGCGCAAGUAGAUUCGAAGCUUGUAAACCUGUUGGUAAAGAAGCUUUGAAAUUGGCUUUAUUACCUACUGUCAAUCAAAUGAGUGUAAUCGGUCUAAUAUCUAUUCCUGGAAUGAUGACUGGUGCGAUCGUUGGAGGUAAAUCAGUUGAACAAGCCGCUCGGCUACAAAUGAUCAUCAUGUUCAUGAUAUCCGCUUCUUCGGCACUAUGUACCCUCUUAGCAUUAUUUUUCUCAUUGACGACGUUGGUUGAUUCUCGAUGUCGGAUCAGACCUGAUAGGCUAGAUUCACGUAAACCCCUUUUCUAUCGAUAUAGAGACUCGGCAGGAGAGAGAUUAUGGAAGGGAAUUAAGAACUUAAGGUGUUGGGGGAGAAAAGAAGUUGGCUCAGAAGAAGAAACGAGGGGUCUAUUGAAUGGUCAAAGCAGUCAAUAG